GGCACUUCUACCCCCUUCCUGACUGGCGGCACUGCUGGGCUACACUGAUGGGCACUGGUGGGCACAGGUGGGUGGCACUAUUGGGCACAGGUGGGUGCACUGCUGGGCACAGGUGGGUGAUCUGCUGGGCACAGGUAGGCAGAGUUAGUGGGCGCACUGCUGGGCACAGGUGGGCGCAACUUGUGGGUGGCCUUGCUAGGCACCGAUCAUCAGUGCCCUGAUGAUCGGUGCCGAUCCCCGCUCUAACAACUGCUGGUUCUCGGCAGUACUUUCCUCACGAUCUGACAGCGUGAGGAAAGUGCAACCGAGAACCAGCAAUUGCAUUUCCCGGGGCGUGCAGGAGAGCGCGUUCUGGGAGGACGUCAUAUGACGCUCUCCCAGAACUGGCCGACCGCAGUGCAGCCGUCAUUCGGCUAUCUGC